AUGGGUCUCUUUAACCGCAAGCCACGCCGAGAAGACUCUGGUGACGAUGGUAGCAACUCGGAGAAUAAGAAGGAAAAGGGCGGUUGGAGGAGGCCAGCCAAUACUGCAUUCAAGCAGCAGCGACUCAAGGCAUGGCAGCCCAUCUUGACACCCAAGACAGUCCUGCCGACAUUCUUCAUCAUUGGCCUGCUCUUCGGACCCAUCGGUGGGCUCCUAAUCUGGGGGUCGUCGCUCGUUUCUGAGAUGACGUUCGACUAUUCACAAUGUGAGAAUCUCGAGGCGUCCACGCAGAACGGGUCGUACACCUUUUCCGAUGUCCCCAGCUAUUCCUAUCGACUGCGCUCUUCUGAUAGUGGGGUCUCAAUACCAAAACCUCAGAUGGCAUUGCUCAACAACACUGGAAACGCGAGCGUGACGGAUGUCUCCCAGGAGCUCCAGUGCGUUCUCCAGUUCUCAGUCCCCAGAGACUUGGAACCGUCUGUGUUCCUGUACUACAAACUCACAAACUUCUACCAAAAUCACCGGCGCUAUGUCAAGAGUCUGGAUUCCGACCAGCUCAAGGGUAGUUAUGUGUCGCCGAGUGAUCUGGAUAGUAGCGACUGCAAGCCACUGGGAACACGGGAUGGGAAGGCAAUCUAUCCAUGCGGAUUGAUCGCAAAUUCUAUAUUCAACGACACAUUUUCCUCGCCUGUACUACUCAACCCCACAAAUGAAACUCAGACAACGGCCUACCAGUUCUCCUCAAAUAAUAUAGCUUGGGCAGGAGAAGCCAAGAAAUAUACUACGUCACCCAUCAGCUCUAGUGGUUACUCCUCAGCAGAUCAAAUCGUUCCACCACCCAAUUGGAUGAAGCGCUACCCCGAUGGCUACAACGACAGCAAUGUGCCAAAUCUCAAAGAGGAUUCGCACUUCCAAAACUGGAUGCGAACAGCGGGACUGCCGACAUUCACGAAACUCUAUGGGCGAAAUGAUGCUGAUACGAUGGUUGCUGGACGUUACGAAAUGGUUAUCGGAUUGAACUUCCCAGUGCUACCGUACAAGGGUACCAAGUCCGUUGUCAUUACCACGGUUUCGUGGAUAGGCGGAAAGAAUCCGUUUUUGGGUUGGGCAUAUGUCGCAGCAGCAGCACUAUUUGUUUUGUUGGCGGUUGUAGGAACUGCACGACACCUCAUUAAGCCUAGACGGCUGGGCGACAUGACCUUGCUUUCAUGGAAUCGCACAUAG